AUGGGGCGGGUCCAGACGGGAGACGGGCGGUUCCAAUUGUCUUCCGCUUCCUUCCCUGCUCCUCGCGGCUCCGCCAUCAGACCGGCCCGGACCCCUGCCGACUCUGCUUGUUCGCGGCCUGCUCGGCUCCGCCGCCUGCUCAGCCGCCGCCGGUGCCCAAGUCCUGCGUCGUGGACCGGGAUUGGGAAGGCGGCUCCUGAAAUCAAGGUGUCAUCUCCAAAGCUGGGCUUCUCUAUGGAACAGUCAUCCCAGGAAAUACUCACUUGGGAUCGUCCCUGUGUUUCUAGUUUGGGGGAAACUUCAGAAUGUGAGGCUAGGCUUGAGAAGCAGCCGAGGAAAGUUGUGAGACAUCCCAGACUUGGUCCUGGAGAGAAGCCCUAUAAAUGUAAUGAAUGUGGAAAGGCCUUCCGACAGAGCUCACAACUCAUCGUACAUCACAGGAUUCACACCGGAGAAAAACCUUAUGAGUGUAAUGAAUGUGGGAAGGCCUUCCGAGAGAGCAAAGAACUUAUUCGACACCAGAGGAUUCACACUGGAGAGAAACCUUAUGAAUGCAAAGAAUGUGGAAAGGGCUUCCGUGAGAGCAAAGAACUUACUCGACAUCAGAGGAUUCAUACUGGGGAAAAACCUUAUGAAUGUAAAGAUUGUGGGAAGGCCUUCAGACGGAGAACUGGGCUUAACGAACAUCAGAGGAUUCAUACUGGGGAGAAACCAUAUGAAUGUAAUGAAUGUGGGAAAGCCUUCCGACGGAGAACUGGGCUUAAUGAACACCAGAGAAUUCACACUGGGGAGAAACCUUAUGAGUGCAAUGAAUGUGGGAAAGCCUUCCGUGAGAGCAAAGAACUCAUCCAACAUCAGAGAAUUCAUACAGGAGAGAAACCUUAUGAAUGUAAGGAGUGUGGGAAAGCUUUCAGACGGAGUACUGGCCUCACAGAUCAUCAGAGAAUCCAUACUGGAGAGAAACCUUAUGAAUGCAAUCAGUGUGGCAAGACUUUCCGCUGGCGAACAGAACUUACGUCCCAUCACACGAUUCAUACUGGAGAGAAACCAUAUGAAUGCAGUGAAUGCGGGAAGGCCUUCCGCCUGAGUGCCCACCUCAUUCAGCAUCGCAGUAUUCACACUGGUGAGAAGCCCUAUGAGUGUAAUGUUUGUGGGAAAGCCUUCCGCUGGAUCACAGGACUGGCUUCCCAUCACAGAAUUCAUACCGGAGAGAAACCCUAUGAAUGUAACAUAUGUGGGAAGACCUUCCGCCAGAGCACCCAGCUCUCCAGGCAUCAUAGGAUGCACACUGGAGAGAAGCCCUAUGAAUGCACUGAGUGUGGCAAGGCCUUCUGCCUGAGCACACAACUUAUCCAACACCAGAGGAUUCAUAACAGAAUGAAGCCUUUUGAAUGGUGAGGCCUCAUGAAGGUCAUGAGCACGAUGCACAAUGGUUGACGGGGAAGGUGCUCUCUGCAAUGUGGUGGUUUUGCACUCAAGGGAAACUUUAAAGAUCUAGCCAGACCCAGUCAAAUUUCCCACAAGGCUGUUGCCUCAGCCUCUAAAAGUUAGUCUCUCCACUUCCCUUCUCCCACCCCUACCAUGAGAUGGACAAGUUUUCAUCGAGAAAAUCAUGGCGAUCUGAGAAGAACUUGUUCCUACAGCUCCACUCCUUAAAAAAUCUGUAAGUUGCCACGUGCUCUCUUCUCCUUCUAGUCUCAGAAGAGUGGCCACCCUACUCCUUGCUAAAUCCUCAGCUCCUCACCUGCUCCCAGUCUCACUCUAGCUGUCAUCUCUUGUGCAUUUUCAGCCCAUGUCUUCACAGCUGCUUGUAGACGUGUUCUGGUCUCGUCAGCGCUUUGUUUUCAGAGGCCAUGCUGGAUCUGUUAAAAUCAUUCAGUCAAGACCUUUCUCAGAAGCCAUCAGUGAUCUUACAAUCACUGAGUCCAGUGGCCUUUUCUCAGUCCUUUUCCUCUUUGAAACCUUAAGACUGAUGACCACCCCCUUGUACGCAAUCUCCUCCCUGACAGCACUUGGGUCUCCUCCCAACACCCUUUCCCCUCCUCUAGUAUUCAGCUCUUCCUUUUUUUGUUUCCAUUCUCUCACUUCUCUCCUCUGGUGACAGUCCAUUGUGGAAAACAAGGGCCGAAAGAAAACUUUCUGGAAUAUCAGCAAAAGCCAGCAUCUGGGGAAAAGCGAGGAUGUGACAAGUUUGGGCAGCAGCAGGGUCAGGACAGAUCCCCCUCUUGCCCUACCUGCUGGCCAGCCCUUUAGCAAGCCCACUGGCUCUAGCUUUCUCCUGGGGAAGAAUGGCCUUGUUAUUUUUUCAGAGCAUUUGAUCUCAGAGUUCAGGAGAGAGUAGAGAAUCAGAUUGGACUCUAGACCAGGGCAGGAAGUGAGGCAUCCCUCAGGGGUCCUCCAGAGGGUCAUAAGCCUCAGGGAUCAGAGAAAGGUCAUCUGGAGGCUGAGUGAGGUGCUGAUACCAGUGGAGAGAGACUCUGCAAGGUGCCACGAAAGCUGGAUUGGCUGUUGAAGGAUAAAUCGAUGGAGGAUGGGGAUCAUUGUCAGAGUGCCCUCUGGGGACCUGUAAGGCUGGAGGGGAGAAGGGAUGAGUGAGAAAGGUGCCUUAUUCAUGGAAAGAAGAAGGCAGAUUUUCUUGUGUGUGUGUGUGUGUGUGUGUGUGUCUGCACAUGUGUGCACAUGUAUGAAAUAGUGUGUAGCUAUUUCUCCAUCGCUGAUGGCCAGAGCUGUGUGCAAUAUCACUUUGGUCCUGAGGUUUGGCCCAAGGGACUGCCAGAGAGCACUGAUCCCAGGGCUUCAACUGCCUUCUUGCAGCAGGUGGCCCUCAGAAUCCAGCCCUGACCUCAUUCAGAGACCUUGGCCGGGCUGAGGCCCUCUCCCAGGGGCCAGGACACCACUGGUCAUCUUGGGGCUCUUUCAGCCUCUCGCUUCUACCUCUAGGGCCCUCUGGCAUGUGCCCGUCCUGCUCCUCUUCCCCAGCUCAUCCUCUGUCCUUCCAUUUAUCUUCUGUGCCGUUGCCCCUGUGGCUCCAUAAUUAAGCCAGCUCAGAGAGCCUCGAGGAUGCCCUGCCCCUGCAGAGUAGUUGCCAAACUCCUUUGCCUGGCAUUUCAAGGCACCCCGGUCUUAAACCUCCCCUCACCCUUCUCUGGGGUCACCCCCCAAAGCCAGCUUCCACGUUGGGGCCUCUGCUUCUGCUAAUGGUGCUUUCUAUCCGCCCUCACUUCCACCUGCUGAGUUCUUGCAAGUCUGUCAAAGCCAGACUCGGUACCUUUGUUUACCUCCCUGCACCCCCAACCUCGCCUAGCACUUUGUUUCUACCUGCGUGACCUUGCUCUCUCACCCGUGUCUCUGCUGAGGCCCCUGGGAGAGGUCUGUGUCCUAUUUAACUCUGUCCUUUGAGCCCCUUAAAGCUCUGAAGUCACUUAAUAUUGGUUUGCCUUGACUGAAGCAGAGUUUGCUGUGGAGCACACUUGCGUCUGUCGCACGGGGAACCGUAAAGGUGCCAACUGAGCCUCAGCUGGGGGAAGGCUCCAUGAGGAUGACUGGUUGGUGCCCCGUGGGGUCUGGCCAUGAAGGAAGGUUUCCUCUGAAGCUUCCCCACGAGGGGCUCCCGUAUCACCCAAAGAAACGCAGAAUUGGUCAUUGUUCAGGCCGUGCGGCCACACUGCAUGAGGUUGGGCUCAGGGAGUGCCGGGGCGGCCUCUGCAUUCCUACGCCCGGUCACUAGUUCGCCCUGCCGGCGUGACGCGCGGGCUGUGUGGAGGCGGGUCACUGGAGCACCCAUGGGCAGCUGCUAACUGGGGGGCUCUAGUGGGCGCUAUGCCGUUGUUGAAUCCCGGACCAGUUCUUGUUCAGGUCUUGAGAUAAGGGGCUUCGGUCUCCCAACAAGGAGCAUCUCUCGUUGGUCCUCCCUGCCACAUUGUUUGGGAUGAUAGGGCCAAGCCGAGAGUUGGCUUUUGAGAAGGCGCUGCUGCCAAGGAUCCAGGGAGGGGGCUGGACGUCCCUGAGGAUGGAGGCAUCAGCCCUCUUCCUGUUCCCUGCUUGCUCGCUUCCUGUCUCUAGGCCCCAGCUCCUCACGUCCCAGGAGGCCCUCAUGCCCUUUCAGCCUAGAGCCUUGGCCAGCGGGUUGAAGGAUGGGCCUGAGCAGCCGUGACACAGCACGGAUGAUCCACUAGCACCUAAAAUUGUUUGGGUUCUCUUCAUAGCGCAAAUGCAAAUGGCUCUGCGCUCUACAAAGCACUUUGACAGACUCAAGCCCUUUGGAGUCCCAGAGGCCAUCCUGACCUGUCCCCAAAUCAGGAUUGAAUCUCCCUUCAUCGCACCUGACAAAAGGCCUCCCAGCUUUUGCUUCAGGAGCUCCCAAUGAGCCCAGAGACUUCACACCCAUCAUGUUGGCAAAAAUGAUCCAGAAAAGGCACUUAGUGGAGGCGGAGGGAUGUGCGUGGAAUGCCAAGCACAGCGACGUGCUCUUGGUCCACAUGUUUGGGUGAGCAACUUGGAACGAACCCCCAAAAGACUAAUCAGGCCAACCCUCUGGCCCACUGACACCAGGACUAAGCAGAGGCUCUCAGGGCCCAAGACAGGGAGAGACCUUGAAGGUUCCCAGCACUUUUUGAAGGUGGACACAGUCCGUGCCCAUCAUUUGGGGGUGACUACAAAGAUGCAGCCUUGUGUCGGAGCAGAACACCAUUAAGAAGGCCUGGGUUCAGAGGCCCACUCGGGCUGAUGUACUGGCUAGGGGACCUUGGACAAAUCCCUUCCCCUCUUCAGCGCCUGAGGCAGUGCUCCAAGCUGACAGAGAUGCUGCCUUGGCAAAUGUGGUGUCCUCAGGAGUCCCUCACACCCGUGAAAGCCCGGCUUCGGUUCCAUUCCGAGAGGUAAUAAGUAGAUCGUCAGAAGGACGGGUGCUUGAACUGGUGCUGAGUAAGCAAGAGCCAAGAGAAUGGCAAGCGCAGGCCGUAGACCGCCAUCGGAGGAGACAGCAGUGGGCGAUGUGCUAUGCUUUGGUUGGCUGUGUUUAGUUCUCGGAAUGGAUGCUCUUCCUGUUGGUGGGAGGGAAUUGACAGCGAUGUUGAGAAAGUGGGAGUGGGGCAUCAAUAAAACAUUUGAAAAGAA